CCACAUUUCUCGCUCCUCUCUCUUCCAAUUUCUCAGCUUCCUCAAUAUGCUUUUCCACUAUCCAAAAAACGAAAAAACGUAGAACACUUUGUUCUUUUAUCUUCUAGAAAGCCAAAAAAAAAAAAUUAAAAAAAUUGAAAAAAAAUCCAUCACCUCAUCUAAUCCGAAUUCAUGAGAUUCUUGAUCGAGGAGAGACCAGAAACAUGGUUCUCAACGCAUACGAUGCCAAAGUCUGCGUGUGGAAAAUGAUAAAGAUAUCGACAAAGACAUGCGUGGAUGUCUCCAAAAAACAUCCCUACGUUACAUCAUGUUUCCUCUUCAUGUUCCUCCUCUACAUGUGUUGCCCUCUCUUCUUCUGGAUCCUGAUCUACUCCCUCCCGCCCGCGAUCUCCACGUGGGUGGUUCUCAGCAUCCGGGACGACCGGAGAUGCAGGCGGGAGAGAGAGAAGGAGAGGGAGCAGAAGGAGAGGGAGAGCGGCGGAAAGAUGGUGAAGAAAACCAUGUUCGCGGAGGAGGCGAAGGCGAAGGGCAGGGAGAGGAUGAAGAAGGCCUACUUGCGCGUGCAUUCCGUGAGGCGCAGAAAGGCCAAGGAGAUCGAGCGUGGAUACGACUGGUGCCUUCAGGGGAAGAGGAGCGAGGCAGAGGACGAGGACGAGGACGAGGAGGAGUACGAGGAGAGCAACAACCGGGACGUGGUCGAUAAGGAGGCGAUCGUGGAAGAGAUACGGCAGGACCAGCCCCCCGCCAGCGCCGACAUCUCGGUCAGCUGCGAGAUCUACCGCAACCCGGAGGUGGUGCGGAGCCUGCGGCAGCUCAAGGACGAGGAGGAGGAGGCCAGCAGCAAGGCCGCCAUGGACGUCAACAUAGCCGAGGCCGAGAGGAACGAGCGCCUCGAGAGCUUGAUCGCGAGGCGGCGCUCCAAGAAAGUAGUGAGCAGCGCCGUGAGCAACAGGAUGCCGCCCCCCAAUAUCGUGAUACCCAAAGUGAGCUCGUGGUGCAGCCCGAGCAGGCCCGUGGCCCCGUCCUCGCCCGGCUCCGCCCCCUCGAUGCUGGGGCCCACCAGGAAUCCCUUCGACCUCCCCUACGACCCGCAGGAGGAGAAGCCCGACCUAACAGGGGACAGCUUCCAGCAGGAGUUCGCAUCCGGGCAUGGCAGAGAUUUCACGUUUUGUAGGCACGAGAGCUUCAGCUUAGGCCCUUCUCUGCCCAUGGAUUUCUUCGAGGACCGCGACGACGCCUCCUCCAUCGACGAUUUCGGAUUCAGGCGCCGACGCUCAUCCAUCGGAUAUCAUCACUUCCCUAAGCCAGAAACUGAAGAAUCAGAUACGGAUUUUGGUGGUACAACGGAGGCAGAAUCUGAUUCAAAGUCGAAUAUAGAGAGUGAUCAUCCCGACAACGAUGAGAUCAAGGAAGUGAUCCAAGUGCAUGAGAAUCAAGGGCUUGGCGGCGGCGGCGGCGAGGCGAAGACGAGGGCUAAUAAUGCACUAGACGAGUUAAGCUUGAGCGAGGCCUCGGAGGGUUCAUCCGAGGAUGACAGACCGCCGGUUUGCAAGAUAAACAGAGAAGCCAUACUCAAAUCGCUGUCUAUGCGAAGAAACUCGGUGUCGGUACCAGAUAUCGAGAUGGAGAGCAACGAUCAGCUGCAAGAGAACAAUCUCAGCUACGCCAACUCUGCUCUGGAGAAUGCGAGCAGAUUGAAGCAACAAUACUUCGCCGAUAAGCCUCAGAAGCGGCACGGCAUGACCUUCUCCAUCGCCUCCGACAUGCAGGUCGAGGUCUCGGAGCUCAGCUCACCGCCGCUCACGAUCGGGGAGAACAUGUCCUACCAGGACGACGCCGACGGGGAGAUGGAGCGCAACGCCUCCUGGGACGGCCUCGACUCCUGGGCGGGCUCGUCCCGCCUCUCCGAGGCCGAGGACAACGAGACGAGGCUGCCGCGACCAAACGAGGCCAGAAGCAAGAAAUGCGAGAGCACGAGCCGGCCCAGCGAUGCCUCGACCAAGAUUACCGCUGAGACGACCGCCACCUCGCCGGAGUCCAGCUCCGACGAGGACUCCAGCGAGGAGCAGUCGCCUGCGGCGGAAACAGCUGCGAGCAAUGAAGGCGUCCAACGCGUGGAGGGCGAAGGCAGUACUGCUCCUCCGCAGCAGCCGACUAUAUCGCCGAAAUCGGUGCUGCAGCCGACGCUCUCCGUGGCGAGCUUCGAACACGAGGAUCGUGAGGAGGUGCGGGCGGCGGAGCAUUCGAGAGCAUCGGCGGUGCAGUUCACAGUUGGUACCACCUCCAACGGAGCUGCAGCUGCUGAAUCAUCACAGCGAAACAAGGACGAAAAACAAAAGCAAGUAGUGGAUGGUAGCACCUCAGAAACAAGGCAGGAGAGUAGCUCAUCAACAUCCUUAUCAUCCGAUGUAGAAUCCAGCGACAUGGAUUACAUGAACGACGACGCCAUGAUUCAACAAAUCAAUGCUCGACUUUCAACAAACCAACCUACUUUAAGCAGCAAUCAGAUAGACAAGGGGAAGAUGGCUAUUGAAGAAUCAACGCAAUCCGAAACAAGCAGCUGUGAGGAUUAUGAUUCUGAAGUCGAAGAUGGGAUGAACCAUGGAGCUCAACAGCAGUGAUUCCAAGUAGCAGAUAAAAUACAAGUUACACAUUUUUUUGCAGAGGAGAAGAUGAAGAUAAAGAUAAAGAUGAAGAGAUGAUGAGUGUGUUUUAUGUUGGAGAGAUGAAAUGUAACAUAUUUUGCAGGGGUUAGAAAAAGUUGGUGAACCCAGUUUUCAGCUUAGAUAGACUGAAUAUAUGCAUAGGAGAUAGAUUUAUACUGUGGAAAUCAUUAGUGUAAACAUAUCACAAUUUCAAAGCAUGUUUGAUAUAUAUAUGCAUGCAGCUUGAAUUGGAGCUUCACCACUUAUGUAUUAGAUUGUAUUAGUAUGAAGAAAGGUUUACUUUCAAUCUGCCCAACAAAUUAAUCUUUUAAGAUUUUCCAA